CCCCCUUUGCGCGCUCCCGCGCCGGCCGUAAGACUAGGACCGCAGGUGGCGAGGCCCGGGUACGGGCGUGUGGCCCGAGGCCGUGCUAGGUUGCGCGGAGCGCGCGGAACCACCUCGUCCCCCCGUCCGGACCCAGUGCGCUGCUCCACGGCAAAUUUCGCGCGCUGCGUGCUCGGGGCCGCGCCAGCCCGGGUGGCCGCGUGCAGGGCGCAGGGAAGUGAGCCCGGCAGGGAAGAUGGAGCUGGCCACGCGCUCCCAGAUACCCAAAGAAGUAGCUGAUAUCUUCAAUGCUCCCAGUGAUGAUGAAGAGUUUGUGGGUUUCCAGGAUGAUGUUCCCAUGGAAAACCUGUCAGAGAGCCGUGGUAGUCUGGACUUGCUGGAAUUGGAGAAACAGAAGAACGUGUGCUUCCAUUCCAAAUACUUCACAGAAGAACUUAGAAGGAUUUUCAACGAGGACACUGAUUCAGAAACUGAAGAUUUUGAAGGAUUUACGGAGAGUGAGCUGAACGCGAACAGUAACGCAGAGCUCAUAGAGUCAGACCUGAGCGACAGUGACAAACCAUAUCCCGUGAUGAGUGACGAGGAAGAAGAUGACAAGGAGGAGCCUGCACCUAGAAGAGGCAGGUCCACGAGAAGCAGUUUUGGUCUUCGGGUAGCCUUUCAGUUCCCCACCAAAAAGCUGGCAAAAACCCCAGAUAGAAAGAGCUCACACUUGCUGGACAGUAAGACUGAUCUCAGAAGAGAGAAGAGCUCCAGACAGCCCAAGGAAAAGCAAGACUCUGCUUCUGACGCUGAAGAUGAGUCCAGGGCUGAGAGCCAGGAGAAUUCUGAUGCUCUGCUGAAAAGGGCCAUGAACAUCAAAGAGAACAAGGCCAUGCUCGCUCAGUUGUUGGCGGAAUUAAAUUCGGUUCCAGAUUUUUUCCCUGUGCGGACGCCACCUUCAGCUUCUAGGAGGAGAGCACCACGACGGGCCUUCUCAGAGGGACAGAUCACACGGCGCAUGAACCCAACCCGGAGCGCACGACCCCCAGAGAAGUUUGCUCUGGAAAACUUCGCCUUCUCAGCCACCAAGCUCACUGAAGAGCUUUACAGUUUCAGAAGAAGAAAGACAGUCAGCGGGGGGAAAUGCCAGAAGUAUAGACGUCACCGGAUAUCUUCUUUCCGAUCCGUGAAAGACAUCACUGAGGAAGACUUGGAAAACGUUGCCAUAACCGUGCGUGACAAAGUCUACGAUAAAGUGCUUGGUAACACAUGCCAUCAGUGCCGGCAGAAGACCAUCGAUACCAAGACGGUCUGUCGGAACCAGAGCUGUGGGGGUGUGCGGGGACAGUUCUGUGGGCCGUGCCUGCGGAAUCGAUAUGGAGAGGAUGUACGGACAGCAUUGUUGGAUCCGAAGUGGACAUGCCCUCCCUGCCGUGGGAUCUGCAAUUGCAGUUACUGUCGGAGGCGAGACGGCCGCUGUGCCACUGGGAUUCUCAUUCACCUGGCCAAGUUCUACGGUUAUGAUAAUGUCAAGGAGUACCUGGAGAGCUUGCAAAAGCAGCUGUAGAAGAGAGUCCAGAGGAGGGGGAAUUGCUUGAACUCACCAGGCCGAGUCCCACAAGACGGAUCUGCUCUUUGUGCCAGCCUUAGACGCUUGUUUUCUAGAAUUUACUGGUUCUACUACUAUUGUUGUUUUUUUUUUUUAAUGUUUAUAUGCUUAAAAAAAAAGAUUUCUCAGGAAAAAAUAGUAAAGCAGAGAAAUCUGUAUACGUACCUGCACAGACCUGUAUUGUUACAAGUGUCUGCUGAAGAUUUUAAAGCACAGUUUGAAUGGGGCAGAGCUAAAGCUCAGGUAAGUUACACAGAAGACCUUGUCCAACAGCUCUUGCCUUUGAUGGUCAGCUCCCUCCCUACAGAGGCUGUUGCUUUGCCUCCUGAGUGACCAUAGCUCAAACCUGAUAGUUUAUCCUGCUCUGGAUGUUGAGUUCUGGGUCAUUAGAAAUCUAUAUUGAAGAAUGUUACUCUAAACUACCAAGUGCAAUUAACCACACACUGUGAGUAAGGUGUCCUUUUUUUUUAUUAAGAGACAACAGAAACAGACACUUGAGGCCUCAGUGUGCUUGCCUCUUCCUUCAGGACCUGCCUGGAGCCUGCUGCUGCUUCUAUGGUUUUUUUUUUUUUUUAAAUUGUUUUAGAGGUUUUGCUUUUUUAUAGAACCCUCACCGAGUUGUUUCCGAGACUUACGGAUACGAGAUAAGCCAUGAUGUUUUAAAUGGGAGUUAGGGGAAGCUAAAAUUGAUAAAUAUUCAUCCCUUAUAGACAUUUAGUGUUUGGUCCUUGUGUACUGAUUAUUCUCCCUCCUCAAAGAAUAAUUCUCUAACAAAAGAACGUAUACCCCUGUUACUAAAACAUACUGGCUGUAUCUGGCUGAAGCCAGAGGAAUGUGAGUUGUAGUACCAAGGUUGCUUAUGCUUCUAGCAGUAGAGCCACGCCUGCCAGCACCCACUUAGCUAUCCUGUCUUUACUCCGUAGCCUGAAUGUCCAUACGUAGGUGGGGCCUCUCGCUUUGGUUUUGUAAACGGGGCACUCAUAGGCGUGCUUAAUCUCUUGUCUGUCCACGGGUAUAGCUUUGGCAAAGAUGACGGGCAUCGUGGAUGUUAACUCCUUAAGGCGGGCAUCAACAAGGGCUCCUGACUGGAUGUCCCACCUGGCACCUGUGGCGGAGACAACAGUUGUGUGACUAGCACGCUGGUACUGAAUCUCUAAUUGUUCCAUGCAAUAAAUGUUCCACUUUUACAACA